GCCGAUCACAUGUCCGACAGCGUCACCAUCCAUGUUGGUACCACCCCAGAUCAAUAUAUGGUGCACUCGGCUAGGCUCCGCAAAAGCUCAAAAUUCUUCGAAAAAGCCCUUGAGAAAGUAUCGUGCCAGUCGUUCCGCUCGCGUCGCGUCAUUGAUCUUGCUGAUGAGAACUCCGCUUGUUUCAAGGUCUACCUGCAUUGGCUAUAUGACAAGACUCUCCCCACCAUGAUCAGCCAAGACCUAGAAUCAGACUCAAACAUGGAAGGAAGCGUGGACACCGAGUACCACCUCCUUAGCAAUUGCUACGCAAUGGGCGAAAGACUCAUGGACAAUGGAUUCAAGAACGCUGUUGUGGAUGCUCUCGUCGAGGCGAGACUCAUCAGCCACACUGGCAACUGUUGGGAGCCAUGUGUCGGUACAGUUACUAUUAUAUACACGGGCACCCCUGAACACUCACAAGCUCGCCGCUUAAUGAUCAACAUG